AUGGGGGAGGUGGACGCUGCGGCAUUGCUGGAGUGGGUCAAUUCGCUGGCAGUCGUCGGCGAGUUUGUGCAAAACCUGGAUGAGCUGGCAAACGGCAACAUCUUGCUACGAGUCAUGCGCGAUGUGAAUCCCGAGGCAUUUCCUGAGAACUCGGGAUCUGGGCUGAAAGUGCUCCUGCGCGGGCUCGUCGAACAUUUCAAGGGUCGGCAGGGGUGCGCGGAGGCUGUGGCCCGGCACUGGCUUGAUGAAGGCGGCACGGUCACAUCUCUGCUAACGCAGCUUGUGAUAUGGGCAACUUUAGACAAUGAGCUUCCGAAUCAUGCAUACUAUGUUCAGACAUGCCAGGAGCUAAGUGCAACUUCAGCUUCUGCCAUCGUUCUUAUAGCCGAGCGCUUUAGCCUCGACUUGGACUCUUCUCCAUUGUCUUCGGCCAUCCCAGGGUUUCCUCGCAAAUCCGGCUCCUUUACCGGGUCGCCUGGAGGUUCCGGUUCCGGUAUGCUGCCUCGCACCUCGUCGGCCGAGUUGCCAGACUUUUUGGAAGUUGGUCUAGAUUCGGAGACGCGGUUUCGCAGGUUGAAGGAACACUACAUCGCCUUGAAGGAGGAGCAAGAGCGCUGGGAGGAGGAGAAGAGCAGGCUAAAUGCUGAAAUCGAAGCAGAGCGUGCAAAACGUGUAGAAGCACAAGAGAAGGAACGUCUCGCCCAAGCCGAGCUCCGCCUCGCCGACGAGGCAUCCGAGCGGGCCCGCGAGGAGCAGCGCGUAUCGAUGGAGAUGAAGCUCGAGCAGGAACUCUGGAAGGCUACAGCGGAGCUACGGCAGAAGGAGCUCGAAGUUGAGCGCUUGCGAGAAGAAGCGGAGAUCUCACGUGUGCAGGCUCAGAACAGCCAGAAGCUACACUCGCAGCUCGAGAUGUACAAGAAACGGAUGGAAGAGUGUCAGGGCUGGAGACGAGAGAAAGACGAGCUGCGGAAGCAACUUGAUGAGAUUACAACCUCCAGGCAGGCAGGCUCUGGCACCGUGGAGCAUUUGCAUGGCCGGCUGGCAAAUCUCCGAGACGACUUGGCCACGGUCUCUCGUGAGAGGGACGAGGCGAGGCUUCAAAUCCAGAUGCUGCAAAGUCAGCUGGAACAGGCGACACAGGCGACACAGGCUCAAAGCAAUGACCAGAAGAUCUCUCAAACACAUGCGGCUGAAUCGAGCGGAAGUGGACCUAGUGGGGUCCUGGCCAGCCAGCUCGGAUCCGUGAGGGAUUCCGAACAAGAGAGACUUGCCCGUGACCUGAAGGCACGACUGGACUUGCGUGAGCGAGAACUACAGGUUCUGCACUGGCGCGGACAGGCUGAAAGCCAUGCGCUGCAAGCACAAGAAACGCUAAUGGCGUCGUGCUUUCAUGAACUCGGGCUCCGCUACCAUCAACUCAAAGAAGUUUCUAUGCCUCCUACGAGGAUGGCUGUGCUUCGCCAUCUUCGGAGCCGUCUGUCGGUGAAGCUCAUGGCGAACUUGGAGCUGCCGGGGAGGUUUCCAGACACAGUGGAAGAAUGGAAAGUGGAUGCGGCAUACCAGGAGAACCAGGACCCUUGCUUCAACUCGGUUGCCUGCAGUUGUCGUCCCAUCCUCCUCCUCAUGCCUGGCCAGCACGAGGCAGCCAAUGCGCAGUUAUCCACCUCGCAGUUUCAUUUUCUGCGCUUUGUAACCGACGGAGGCAUCGAUCCUUGCCACUUCUAUGGCAUUCCAUUGGUGGCACGACCUAUGUCGCAGGAGAAUCUAUGCAGCAGGCUUCAGCAUCGGGAUGACGCCGACAUCGCCGGCUCGUCUUUCGAGAAGCUGGCAAAGUGCUUGGCACAAGGUCACGCCGCGCUCUAUGCUUCAAAGGUUUGUCCGCUGGAGCUGAAAACAGGAUGCCGCAGCUUUCACUGGCUGGCCUCAGUCGGAAGCGAUUCUCGAGACUCGGUGGUCUUGCACGGACUGGCCAACCAUCACACGACCAGCCUUCUCGGUGUGCAGAGUAAGGCUGUUGGAGAAACGUCGGACGCAAUGAAUGCAGAAGGCGUUGCGCCAUUGGGCCUGGAUGCCUUGCCCCCGCUCAGUGCGUACAACCCACUGUGCGCAGAAUCCGUUCAACAUGCAGCAAUUCUGGAGGUUCCCUGGCCAACAGCGAGGCCAAGUGAGUCCUCAUUGCGUGGACGCGGCGCCGGCCGCGUCCGUGGUCGUGGGCGUGGUCGUGGCGAGCCGAGGCAGAAGGAAAAGAUGGUUGCUGCGGGUCCAGCGAUGAACACCUUCGAAGUCCAAGCAAGCCUGCGCACGGGCGAGAUGGAGCCGGCGAGCGCCGUGGGGGCGAAGGUGGCGGAGGAUCCAGUGCCUGCGAAUGUGCCACCGCCGCCUGCUGUGCCACCUGCCCUGUCGCAUGCAGUGGAGCCUGCCAAGCCUGUUUCAGCCAAGCGGUCCAGGUGCUCACUCGGCAACGCCGGAUCGCUGGCACCGCUGGCCUCGCUGCUGCAGCAGCCGCGACGGCGUUUGAGCUCCGGAGGCGUCAGUGGCUUGCGGCCGCAAAAGGGGUCUUCUUUCCUGACCGAGCAGGAGGUUGCGAGCAUUGCAGCUGGCAGCUUCAAGUUGAAGGACCAGUCUGACGGCACUAUCGUGGCUGGCUACCGUGACAGGGUGGAUCGAUACGAGGUUGAUGUGGCGCAGGAGUGCUUCGUGCGCUAUUUCCACUCCAAAUCCAGCAACUUGUGGAAUGCGGACGACAUCAUAGAAGCCUUGGCAGAUUUCGGGAUCAAGGCCUCAAGCCGCACAGAGAAGCUGGCGUUGAAAUCCGUGCUGAGUGAGUACGAGGGGGACCAGAUCGGCUUCAACAACUUCUGCUCCAUCAUAGAGGAGGCCCGAAGCAAACUGAGAUCAACGAGAUCGCUUGCUGUAUUUCAGGCCUGGAAGUACGCGGACAAGGAGGAUGCCGGGGGCUUGAAGCCAGAUGCAGUCCUGCAGCUUUUGGAGGAUCUCCAACUGGCGUUCGGCAAGGAUAGCUUGGAACGGCAGAAUGUCGAGGCUAUGGUGUCUGACUGUCGCACAGAUCCGGCCACUGGCCUUAUUGGACUGACGGAGGUGGAAUUCUUGGUAUCAGCAGUCCGGGAGUAUAUGAUGCAGACUCAACGAAGCCAAGAACGGAAGCUCCAGGUGGAGUACCAGCUGUCAGACAGCAUGUUUCAAGAGUUUCGCAGCCAGCUAAUAAGAUUUCAUGAGUCUUUCGUAGAGCUUGAUGAUGAUGACAGUGGAGCAUUGGAUGAGAACGAGGCCAUGAACCUACUGACACACUUUGGAUGCUUGAGCAACGUAUCAAGCAUGUCGAUCGAGAAGAAGCUUCAAGCUGAGGAGAUCAUUGAGUGGUACUUGAACGCAUCCGAGGACCACACACUUUCCUUCUCCAGGUUUCUCUCCGUCGUGAAGCGGUUGCGCACACUGGGAAUGGAUGAGAAAAUGGAUGCUGUUGAGUCUCUAUUCAACCACUACGACCGUGAUCGGUCAGACAAGCUGACCAUAAAGGAUGUCUGUCAAAUCCUCAUGCACCUCGACAUCAAGCCCAGAACGGUGCUCGAGCAGGAGAACAUGGCUCAGCUAAUUGAGGAAGCAGACUCUGAGGGAAGCGGGCACCUGAACGUGAACGAGCUUUUGUUGCUGGUGCAGAGAAUAAACGAGCGCAUUGCCGAACUCGAUCGCAUGGAAAUCUUGAAAAAGGCGCAGGCGUUGAAUUUCACGAGGAAGCAAGCAAGCACUCUCCGAGAGACAUUCGAGGAGCUUGACGAAGACAGAGAGGGCUUGGUUCCCAUCAAUCAGGUUGAGCAGGCUUUGGCGAAGAUGCGAUGGCAGAUCCCAGGAGCGAGACUGCAGCGUUACGCGAAUGAAAUUGAUGCGGAUGGAAACGGGCAUUUGGAUUUUCUCGAGUUUCUCCACUUGAUGCGCCGUGUCCUGGACGAUGUCCAGAAUUCAGGCAUGAAGCUGCAGCCUGACGGCACACUGAUCACAGAUGCUGCCAGGGAAGACGACGAGCAUGAAACCGGUGACAGGAAGGACGGGAAGCGGCUGUCAGGAGAAAGGAAAAGGCGGCCAACGAGGAGUGCGAGAAAGGCAUGA